AUGGCCUUCCGUGUACUGACGCGCACCGCCGGCAGCCAGCAGCAGCAGCAGUUGAAACUGCUAUCCGACCUGUUGAUCCGUUCGUUUAGCAGCGGUCCGAAGAAUGUUGGGUUCAUCGGUCUCGGCAACAUGGGCGGCCCGAUGGCAAGCAACCUGAUGGCAAAGGGACACAAGCUGCACGUGUUCGACAUCUCGAAGGAGGCGAAGGAUUCGCUCCAGGCCAAGGGUGCCGUUCCGUACGACAAUGUGGCUGAACUAGCCAAGGCUUCCGACUUCGUUGUGACGAUGCUGCCGAACAACGAUAUUGUGGCCAACACGUACGACACCAUCAUUGGCGGUGGUGGCAUCAAGAACCAGACCAUCUUCAUUGACUCCAGCACGAUCGAUCCGAACGUGGCUAAGGCGGUCCAGGUAAAGGUGAAAGCGGCCGGAGCAACGUUUGUCGAUGCACCGGUGUCGGGCGGUGUGCCCGGUGCCAAGAACGCCACACUCACCUUCAUGGUCGGCGGUACCACCGAAGAAUACCAGGCGGUAAAGGAACUGCUCGAGGGUAUGGGCAAGAAAAUUACGCACUGCGGCGGUUACGGUAUGGGCCAGGCGGCCAAAGUGUGCAACAACAUGAUGCUGGGCAUUUCGAUGUGUGGGCUGGCCGAAUGCAUGAACCUUGCGAUCCGGCUCGGACUCGACCCGAAGGUGUUCUCCGACAUUGUGAACGCAUCGACUGGACGUAGCUGGGCGUCGGAGGUGAACAAUCCGGUGCCCGGUAUUAUUCCGACCGCACCGGCCGGCAACGGCUAUGCGGGCGGUUUUGCCACGGGACUCAUUACGAAGGAUUUGGGUAUUGCGUCGGCCGUGGCUACCAGCUCGAACUCACCGAUACCGCUCGGUGCGCUUACGCACCAGAUCUACCGGACGCUGAUGGCAAAGGGAUUGGCCAAUAAGGACUUUUCCGUGGUGUACGAUUUCCUCAAGAACACCGAAGGCAAGUGAAUG